AUGAAUGACAUCAAAGUCGCUGUUCUGGGAGGCGAAGCAGUCGGGAAAUCUGCACUCAUUGUUCGUUUCCUGACAAGACGAUUUAUUGGAGAAUACGCAUCAACAACAGAGUGUAUAUACAGAAAGCGCCUUUCUAUUGACGGGCGGCAGGUGAAUCUAGAAUUGUAUGAUCCCUGCUCACAGUCCUGUGAUGAAAAGUCCACGCUGAAUGACCAGAUCCACUGGGCGGAUGGCUUUGUGGUCGUCUAUGACAUCAGUGAUCGCUCUUCCUUCCUCACUGCUACAGCCAUCAUUCACCUCAUCCGUGAGCUGAAUCUGGGAACUCCUAAAAGGGAUGCUGAUUCAGUGGUCUUCCUGGUUGGCAACAAGCAGGACCUGUGUCACAUUCGGGAAGUGGGCAGGGACGAGGGACAGAGGCUGGCAGCAGAGGGUCGCUGUCAGUUCUACGAGCUGUCUGCAGCUGAGCACUACCAGGAGGUGGCGCUUAUGUUCUCCAAGAUGGUGCGCAAUGCCAGUCUGGGUGGCAAAGCCAAGGAGCGUCGUCGCCGCCCCAGUGGCUCAAAGUCCAUGGCCAAGCUCAUUAACAACGUCUUCGGCAAGCGACGAAAAUCUGUGUGA